GGGUUUAGUGGAAAAUGUUUGUAACGAUCAGAAUAAUAAGACGGCUAGAGAGAGGAGAAAUAGCGAGGUUAAGAAAUCACGGAAACUAUUAAGAGUGUCAGUCUACUAAAUUAUCGCUGUAUUUGUGAGCCCUGAGCAGUGCGAUCUGGAGACUGUAGAGGCUGUGAUUUCUGCAGUUAGCCGCGAAGCUAACGGUUCAGCUCGGGUCAUUCUGCGCCGUCAGCUCCUCUGCGUGACGCUUCCGCUGCAAACAACACGCCUGCGCCGUUAAAUGACUCUCCUUCACCGAUUAUGUAGCACUUUACCAGCAAAGACUCGGGUAGAUAUAUAUUUAUAGGCAUGGCAAACAUAUAAGCACUUAUAUUUUCUGAUUUCUAAGAACAAAACGGGUCAUUCUCAAGGCCACGGAUGGAACCGGGGCGUCAACGUGAGAACCCCCCCGGGUCCGGGGAGCCUGAGUCCGGGGAGUGGAGAGAGCAGAGUGCCGCGGUGGACACCGGAGAGAGGGACGACACCCUGAAAAACAGAAGCGGGGAUGGAGGAAACGAGGAAAUCACGAGCAAAACCGAGAGCACUGUGGUGGAAGGGAAAGAUAAGGCGGAGUUUUAUGAAGAUAAGGAGGAAUAUGAGGAAGAGCUGGACCCCAGGAUUCAGGAGGAGCUGGAGCACUUGAAUCAGGCCAGUGAUGAGAUCAACAGACUGGAACUACAGCUGGAUGAAGCGAGAUCCAGCUACAGGAGGAUCCUCACAGACUCCGCACGCAAACUCAACGCUCAGGGCUCUCAGCUGGGAGCCUGCAUCGAGAAAGCCAGACCUUACUACGAAGCCCGUAGACUCGCUAAAGAGGCUCAACAGGAGACCCAGAAGGCUGCGCUGAGGUACGAGAGGGCUGUCUCCAUGCACACGGCUGCCAGAGAGAUGGUUUAUGUGGCUGAGCAAGGUUUAUUGGCUGACAGGAACACAUUGGACCCUACCUGGCAAGAGAUGCUAAACCACGCCACAGCCAAGGUGAACGAGGCAGAAGAGGAGCGUUUGAGGAGCGAGAGGGAGCACCAGCGUGUCACUCAGCUCUGUCAGGAAGCGGAAGCGCGUGUGCAGACUUUGCAGAAGGCUCUUAAGAGGGUCAUUAUCAAGUCCAAGCCUUAUUUUGAGCUCAAGGCUCAGUUCAACCACAUCUUAGAGGACCACAAGUCCAAAGUCGUCCAGCUGGAGGAACGGGUGGCGAAGGUGAAGACCCGAUAUUCUGUUGCCCUCCGCAACCUUGAGCAAAUCAGCGAGCAGAUACAUGCGCAAAGGGGUCGCAUUCGUGCUGCCAGAGAGCGCAACAGAGCCUUUGGGGGCCGGAGCUCUCCGGUGGGGGCAGAGUCUGAGGGUAUAAUCAAGGCAGGGGCGUAUGCAGGGGUGGUGGCCAAUCCUUUAAUGGAUAAUGACUGGGGCGAUCAGGAGAAAACCAGGCAGUGGGUGGAGAAACACAGGGAGGCGGGCUGGGGCCAAAGAGAGAGGGCGGAAAAGGCGGGGUCAGACUCCAUGUCAGUCAUCAGCCUGCAAACCAUCGCCUCCGACCUAGAGAAGUUUGAUUCUGUGGAGCACUUGGGCAACCUUAGUGACGUCGGAAGUAUAAUAGGUGAGGAGAAAGAGGCGGAGAGCGAGAGAGGAUUUAGGGUCAACGAUAGAAUAGUAGAGAGAGAGGUGGCGAACCUCUCGAGACAGGACGAAGAGAAAGGUGCCUCAGGGACGGACAGACAGCAGAGAGAUAGAGAGCGUGAGAGCUUUGUGAAGCAGCACCACAGAAGUAUUAGUUUGUGAGGAAACAGGAAAUUAGAGUUGCCUGUUACUCCAUCCCAAUCUUGGAGGGCUAAAGCUUGCCUGCAGGCUUCCAGACGAGCCUCUCAACUGACUACAAAUGAAUCAGACUGAAAACACUCUGCAUUUGCUUAAAGGUGAAGUGUGUAAUGUCAGCGCCCCUUGUGGUGGGAUUGCAAAACAUACAGGUUUCCUGAAACACUCUCUGGUUGGUUACAUAAUAGAGCAUCUCAGUCCCGUCCACAAGCUGGUGCCGGAAGUAAGAAUUCAAUACAAUUUCUGCAUUGACAGUUGGGGUAUAAGCCAUAAAAAUGUAACAAUACAUGGUAGAUUUAAAACCAGCUAUGGCUGUACUAAGCGAUAGUAUAUGCUCAUAUAAACGCCAAAAGUUCAUGGGGCACUAACCUUGUUUUGAGAUAAAUGCCUUUUAUACGCAAUGUCUUGGAUAAGUACUUCAUUAGCCACAAUCCUGAACAAUCCCACAGUGACUACGUUUCCAAGCUGUUAAAAUUCAGGUUAUGGUCGGGUUAUGGUCACUAUUCAGGUUUCUGAAACAUUCGGGAUAACCCGUUUACAUGCGUGAGCAGAGAGAGUUACUCCAGUAUACAUGGAAUGUGUAAUCAGUCACCAAUAUCCCGAUGUAAACGGCAACGCACGGUUAGCGUCUGGACGUAAGACGCAAUAUGCGUCAUUUCCGAUUCUUCUUCCUGUAUCCAAAGACUCAAAAAGACCAAGAUUCCUUGCGAAUAGAACAUGCGCAGAACACACAUUUUGAUGGGGAUAUGCCGAAACGCAUUUACAAGACCAUAUAUUCGGGUUAGAAAAGGGGUACCCCAGGUAUAAUAUCCCGGUUUUUAAAAAACGGGAUAUGAGCAUAUCCGGGUUUUUGCCGGUGUUUACAUGGCCGUGCGCAACCGGGUUAUUGCUAAUAUCCCAGUUUUGAACGGGUUUUUGGCAGCAUGUAAACGUAGUCAGUGAUGCAUUGGUGGAGCUUGUGUAACCGUCUGGUUAAAACCCGCGAAGGUCCAUGAAGUCUGAAGAUCAUUAAUAAAAAAAUAAAAUAAAAACCUGUGUUUGUUUUUGCACGGUAGACUUAUCAGUGCAAUCAUGAUCUCCUUGGAUGCCAUGAUGGCUUUUUUCAAGGAGGAAAACAAAAGUGUUCAAAGGGGUUAAACCCACUUCAGAUCGGGUCAUGUAACGUUAGUUGAGUGUAGCGUGUCCGAGGGUCAGCUUGUGGGUUUUGUAAGGGCCAGCAUGAGGGACAAGACCUACAAAGUUUUGGUGAGUUUUGCAGGGAGGUUGGUAACGUUAGUUAGCAUUAUCGUCCACUUUAGCUAGGCUACUGUAGCCUUCAUACAGUAUGAGUCAUAUCAAGCAUUUUAUGAUGGCACUGUCAAAACAAUAUUUAGCCUUGGCUUACCUUUUUGUGCAUUUACUUACAUUUGUGUAAUAAUUCAUUGCAACGACAAGGCACUGCACCAUGUUGCUGACGUUAUCGGUAACCACUUUCACACACGCACACAAUAUAAAAUACAUGAUAAAAUACACGAUGAUAAAUAUGAUAUUCAAUACACAAUACCUAUAUAAAACACUAUUUAUUUACAUAAUACUGAAAUAACUGCUACUACUGCACAUUCACUAUAUAAAAUAAAAUUCACUGGAGGAAAAAGUUUGCGCGGCUGUCGUCAGAUUUGGAAGUCGCUCAAAAGGCUCGUUCGCGGCUGUGGGCUUCAGUCGAAUUCAGUAAGGCGCAGUGGUUUAUGGGAUGAGUAGUUCCUUCGCUCGAAAUGAAAUUAUGUACACAGUCUUGUACCUUUGACUGUUUUUGGAUUUUCUCUUCGUUUUUUCACUCGAAAUGAUAUAUUGUAUGCUUAUGAGCUCAGCCGUAGCUGGUUAUCCUCACACAUGUCCUAAAACUCUUUAGAUACGGAUUUUUCCAAAAGUCAAUGGGAGAAAUGACUGGGAAAUUUACUUCCGACACCAGAGCUCUCUCGGGCUGUGGGUGGGACUGUGAUGCUCUAUUGGUUACAUAAACAUACAAUCCCACCCCCAAACUUAUGCCAUUGGUUGAGCCAGUUUUGCUGUGUCGGGCUGGUCGGGACGAUCAAACUAAAAAAUAGAACUUUUUGGGGAAAACAACAUACUAGUGGAAACAUUAUUGCUGCACAUUAAAUUUGGAGAACUGUAACAAAAAUUACACACUCCAUCUACUACUAACUAUGGAAGCCUGUUUCCACCACAGAGUGAAAACAAUUUAAUAAAACGGUAAUUGCAUUUCAAAAUAUAUUGUCACAGUUAAGAGCAAUAAAGUCUCGAUGGGCCUCAUUCAUUAAACUUUUUUUAAUGAGUAAUUUGCACAAAAAAUGGACCUUCCAGAAAACUCUCCUUCAGAUUCACAAAUGUUCCAAACCUCAUAUUUGAUAAACAAGUAUUAAAUGAAUUUUAGAAUCCACAGCAUAAUUGAAUUAUGACAUCAUAUUUGUUUAGAUUCGUGAUUUGUUUUCAUCUUUAAUUAAUUAAUUUUUUAUAUGAAAUUCCUAAACACAAUUUGUGUUUAUUCAUGACUCUGAAAAAUUACUUGAGAAUGGCUUUACAAACAAUUUGACACAAAGUUCCUGUUCAUGUUUCAUGAAUGAGGCCCAUUGUGACAUUGCAAGACCUCAAGUUGCAAUUAUAAGUCACAUUUGCAAGUUGUGCUAUUUUAUGUUAUAUAAAUUGCAUGAAAUAAACCUACAAUAGUCUUGUUAAUUGUAUUUUUUUUUUUUGUGAUAGUGAUAGUGAUAGUGGAAACUGGCUUCCAUAACUAACAGUGCUACACGGUCCAGAUGAGCGGAGAGCUCCUCCAGGGGUGAUGACUAAGAUUCAGACUUAGAUUAUAAUGCAUCCAUUUUUGGACAUAAGAAAUAGAGUAAUCGAGAGGAAGUAGGAUAUUAACACACCUCCACUGACUGACGUGGCAUUAUUGUAAAACUGCACUGUAGCAAAAGGGGGUUCAGAUGUUCUCGGCAAAUUAAUGAAUAACAAAAAGGAUGGGGGGAUGGGGCCGAGGUGAUAUUUUAUUCAGUCCGCAGGGAUUUGUAGUUCUUACGCUCUGAUCCUGUCUACUUGGUUACUGUUUCAGAAUCGGUCAGGGAUCAGGUGAAAAAAGACAGAAAAGACUUCACACAAUGCGAAAGAGAGGGAAAACAAAUGAAAAAUGGAUUGAACAUUGAAGAUCAGACUCACUUCUCUUUCUGUUACCUCUUACUGUACAUUGCAGGUCUAUGGGUACAGUUGUACACUUCCCUUAUAGGCUUCCAUUGUUAGUGUAACACUUUUUUUGGUUUGUUUAGGAGAAUGAAAUUCAACCUGACUCGAAGUCUUUUUUUUUUGAUGAUGGAUAAUAUGACGCUGUUGAUCGAACUUAACUUGUAUGUAACCUGGAAUAUAUAUUUUUUUGUAAUAUUGCUGUAUUUGGUUCCCAUCUCCGGAUCUCUCUCAGUAAGUUUAUAUCUGGAAUAAUUAUAAUUAUUUUAUUUUUUUGACUGUCAGUUGGUAUUAUUUUGUGUAACAUGUAAUAUUAAGUUCUAGGUCAUCAAUUUGUGGCAUUAUGAUAUAUUUUAGAUCUAGGGUGCUGUUUUGUAUUGAUUUUGAUCUAUUUGAGAGAUUUUAGGUCAGUCCAGGAACGUAAGAGGGUUUUGUCUUGACAGAAAGACAAGAAACGGUACAUGUUUACAAGUGUGGCAGUUCUGCUGGAUUUUUACAAGGAAAGUUGAGUAAAUAAUACAACAGUUGAGCGACUGAAUGAUGAAUGAUGUGAACUUUAGUUUGAAAUCAUGUAAUAUGCUAGCUGUUUGAACAAACCGUGCUGAAGACAGUACAGUAUUGUUUGCGAGUUUACACCCUACUCUCUUCUCCUGAGUUUUUUGUUAAUUUUAGAUUUUUUAAAAUGUAGUUAUUGUAGUUUUUGUCCACAAAUCCGAUAAAUCCAUCCUCCCCAUCAUAACCUGCUGUGUACAGAUUCCUCACCUCUCCUCAUAGUAAAUAGAUGAUGAUCUGUAGAAUUAAUCCAGUAUGCUGCUGUCUUAUGAACUUGAUGUAUAUACAAGCUGAUGUAUAAGGAAUACAAAUAAUCCUUACGUGACUGACACUGUAACUUAUUCUGUAAAUGUUAAUUUAUUGCACACUUAGAUAUAUUAAAACUUGAACUGAACAACUGUA